CACCCAGCCGAGCCCAAAAAAAAAUAAAAAAAAUAAAAAAAUUCCGCCUUCCUCGCUCCUUUCUUUACAGAUAGCUUCUGCAGAAUAAAUGGCCGAGCAGUUGGUGACUGAAUUACCAGUGAAAAGAGCCCGUGAAGAAGGAGGAGAACAAGUGAGCAACGGUGUUUCUUCUGUUGGAAUGGCUGAUGCCGUGAAUAGCAAUAGUAAAGAGGAGGCGGCGCAGCUUCCCGACGGCGUUUCUUCUGUUAUUCCUGGAUGGUUUUCUGAGAUCAGCCCAAUGUGGCCUGGAGAGGCACACUCGCUAAAGGUUGAAAAGAUACUAUUCCAGGGAAAAUCUGAUUACCAGAAUGUCAUGGUCUUUCAGUCAUCAACCUACGGGAAGGUGCUUGUUUUGGAUGGAGUAAUUCAACUAACCGAGAGAGAUGAAUGUGCAUAUCAAGAAAUGAUUGCGCAUCUUCCUCUCUGCUCUAUUCCAAGCCCAAAGAAGGUUUUGGUUAUUGGUGGAGGAGAUGGGGGUGUCCUGCGUGAAGUUGCUCGUCAUUCGUCUGUUGAACAGAUAGACAUCUGUGAGAUUGAUAAGAUGGUAGUUGAUGUAUCCAAACAGUUUUUCCCUGAUGUUGCUGUUGGAUUUGAGGAUCCACGUGUAGUCCUUCAUAUUGGUGAUGGAGUUGCAUUUUUGAAGGCUGUUCCUGAAGGAACUUAUGAUGCGAUUAUAGUAGAUUCUUCUGAUCCUAUUGGCCCAGCACAAGAGUUGUUUGAGAAGCCGUUCUUUGAGUCAGUUGCAAAAGCCCUGCGUCCUGGUGGAGUUGUAUGUACACAGGCUGAAAGUAUAUGGCUUCACAUGCACAUUAUCGAAGAUAUCGUUGCAAACUGCAGGCAGAUCUUCAAGGGAUCAGUCAACUAUGCAUGGACUACAGUUCCUACUUACCCAAGUGGAGUAAUUGGUUUCAUGCUCUGUUCUACUGAGGGGCCACCAGUAGAUUUCAAGCAUCCAAUCAACCCAAUUGAUGCAAAUGAUGGCCGUUCCAAAACUAUGAACCCGUUGAAGUUCUACAACUCUGAGAUCCAUUCUGCAGCUUUCUGUUUGCCAUCUUUUGCAAAGAAGGUCAUCGAUUCAAAAGCAAAUUGACAAAGGUUUUUUCGGCAUUUAAAGUAGGAGUUGCCUCAGAUCUCACAAUUUGCCUUCUAGGCAUCAGUUAGGCGUCGGAACAGAUUUGGUUGGAAUUAUGUUUUCGGGGACCAAAAUCUGUUAAUCGAGCACAUUUUGAAGAGAUUUUGAGGAGUAUGCAAAUUUCUACAUUUACUUCCCACAGAGUUUUACUUUGUUAGCUGUUUUGUGCAAAACGUACAACAACUUAUCAUAAUAGCAAAAAGAACUCUUUCUUCUUGAA